UUAAAACCAAUAAUAAUUGGGUGAGGGUUAGAGCCGGCCUAUUUUUGAAUCGGAAUUCGUCGAAUUUGAAGCUUCAACAAUGGAGGCUCCCCUUUAUGAUUUCAUAAUCCUAGGCGCCUCUGGGUUCACCGGCAAGUACGUGGUUCGAGAAGCCCUCAAAUUCCUCAACCCUUCUUCCCCUUCUUCCCCACUCAAAUCCUUCGCUCUUGCCGGUCGGAAUCCCGCAAAACUGACGGAAACCCUCAAAUGGGCAGCGCAUCCCAACUCACCGCCGCCGAUCCCGCUUCUAUCCGCGGAUGUUUCCGAUCCACAAUCCAUCCACCGCAUCUGCACCCAAACCAAGCUCAUUCUCAACUGCGUCGGACCCUUCCGCCGCUACGGCGAGCCUGUGGUGGCGGCGUGUGUGGAGACAGGUUGCGAUUAUUUGGACAUCUGUGGGGAGCCGGAGUUCAUGGAGAAAAUGGAAGCUAAUUAUCAUGAGAGAGCGGUGGAGAAUGGUUGUUUGGUGAUUUCGGCUUGUGGGUUCGAUUCGGUUCCGGCUGAAUUGGGUUUGAUGUUCAAUUCCAAGCAGUGGGUUGGGGAAUCGGCGCCGAAUCGGAUCGAGGCGUAUUUGAGCUUGGAAUCGAAGAGGAAAAUUGUUGGGAACUUCGGGACUUUUGAAUCGGCUGUUCUUGGUGUUGCUAAUGCCGGCCGGUUAGUGCAAUUGAGGCGUUCAAGGCCCAGAAGACCUCGCCCUACGAUUCGUGGUCCUCCUCCUCCUAAAGGACCUACUGUAGAACACAACAAAGAGACAGGCCUUUGGGCUGUAAGAUUACCUUCAGCUGAUGCCACUGUUGUUCGUCGAACACUCUCUUUUCUAGCUGAAAACCCUCAUGGUCUUCCUGGUGUUAACGAGCGUGUCGAAGAGAUCGAACAGAGGACGACGUUUUGGUCGUCGGUGAAGCCAGCUCAUUUUGGAGUAAAAAUUGGUUCCAAGUCCUUGAUUGGCACUCUGCGGAUCAUUGCAGCUGGAAUGUUCAUAGGGCUGUUUGGUAUAACCUCAUUCGGGAGGUGGCUUCUCUUGACGUUCCCUUCGGUUUUCAGUCUCGGUUGGUUCAAGAAGAAGGGUCCUUCGGAAGACGAGGUCGAUAGCGCCUCGUUCAAGAUGUGGUUUGUUGGUCAUGGUUUUAGCAACAAGAGUGGUGAAGCGAAUGGAGAACCAGAUAUGAAAAUUGUAACGAGAGUGAUGGGGCCUGAGAUCGGAUAUAUAACCACGCCGAUAAUCCUUGUUCAAUGUGCAUUGAUUGUUCUAAGCAAACGCGAGGUUCUGCCAAAAGGAGGAGCUCUCACUCCAGGUAUCGUGUUCGGACCUACUGAUCUUCAGAAAAAACUCGAAGAGAAUGGGAUAUGUUUUGAUGUGAUUUCAAAGAAUGCUUAGCGGGUGAGUAAUGUUUUUUUAGAAUAUGUGUCGUAACUUUUGCUGGAUUUGUUUCUUUUGCAUCUGAAACUGAUCUCUGUGAUAUACUUUAGGUAUGUAAGAUUACUCUGUUGGUUUUCUUUCGAGAAUUGAAGUUGGGCCCGUAAGAGCAUUAGACUUA